AUGCCCGUUCCACUGCCAACUUCCAGCCUCCCGAUCACCUUCCGCACCCCUGCACGGGGCCUAUCCAUCUCUCGCCAGACCCCCCUCCCCCUCAAAGACAUCCAGCCCACUCCAAUCAACACUUCUCAGCCCUCACACACAUCUAUGUCAACACACACAGUGAAGAAAACCCCUCAUUACCACUUAUCCCUCCCGGAUGCCUACAAUGCUGCUGCCUCCAAUAAUGCAGCACCCUCACCUCAUGCAGGCAUACAUCCUGUGCCUAUACCCAGGCCCUGUCCCUCUGGCAAGAGGUCCGGAGCACAGGAAUCCUCUACGCCAACUGCACGGCCCUCCCAACAUCCUGCUCCUUCUGAUUGCCCUCCUCUGGUAGAUGUUCAGAAGUGCAGGAGACUUACGGAUUCCAAAGCUAUUGCUGCUGCUCAAGCACAGCUGGCUUUGCAUCUGUGGAAGACUCAAGAUUGCACUCCUGCGGAAGCUGCUUAUGCUUCUGGUUCUGCUUUGUAUGCCAUACGGGUCCCACCACCUAGGCAGGCCUUUCUGGGGGCUCUUGCACAAGCUGGCCUGGGGGUGGAGGAGGAAGGAGAUGGUACAAGAACAUCCCUGAAAUCUGCUUCACCGGAAGAUGAUCCUGGUAUACCAAAUAUGGAAAUUGAAGCUAAAAGUCUCUCUUUGGAGAAAGCCUUGCAUAAGCCGGGCUCCAGAGAUUCCGACUUGGUUGGCCCAUCUCAGAAAGCACUUGGGAAGCGGAAGCGCACUGGGAACGACCGGGGUUCGAACAAUGAUUCAUAG